AUGGAGUCGACUACUUUGAAUGGAAGGAUGGCCAGAUGGCAGAUCUUGCUUUCUGAAUUUGACAUAAUGUAUGUGAGUCAGAAGGCCGUGAAAAGGAGCGUAAUAGCUGACUUUUUAGCUAGUAGAGCCUUGGAGAAUUAUGAGCCCUUAAACUUUGAUUUUCCAAAUGAGGAUUUGAUGUAUGUGGCAGCCACUAAAGAAAAUCCCCAAAUGGAUCAUGUGUGGAAGCUAAGUUUUGAUGGAGCCUCGAAUGCUAUGGGUAACGAAAUUGGGACAGUCUUGGUAUCUCCAAGCGGAGAUUAUUAUCCUAUUGCUAGUAAACUGGAUUUUGACUGUACGAACAAUAUGGUAGAAUAUGAAGCAUGCAUUAUGGGCAUUCGUGCAGCUAUUGAACGUAAAAUCAAAGUGCUAAAAGUGUAUGGGGAUUCUGCAUUGGUGAUACAUCAACUCAAGCAAGAAUAG